AUGUGUGCUCUAUUCAAAAGAGAGUAUGGGAAAGGGGAUGGGGGCUUUGUUGAAAGAAUUCUUUCAAAGCCCUUAUCUUUUACAAUUUGGAGAUAUUUGUUAAUAGCUUGCUUUGAUUCAGGCAUUUCUUUAUUCCGUCUUUUUGAAUCAUUUCAUUCAGAUUAUGCUCUUGAGUAUGCUUAUGGAGCACACAAGUAUUCAUCAACCGGGAUAUUUGAAGGGUAUUUCUCCAUUCUGUCUUUUCGACUUCCCGUCUUCAUUAUUGCUGAAUCUGGUCUAUCUUUCCGCUUUGAGUUAUUUAGGUACUUGGUCUUUGUUUCUGCUUUGAAUCGUUCAGCAAUCUAG